AGGUUGCAGUAUUUUGAAGAACACCGAUUUGGGUUGUGUUGAAAAAUAUACACCGAAACUUUGGAAAAAAAGUUGUAAAAUGACAAAAGGACAAGAAGAUAAAAAGGAUGCGGCCAAGGUUUUACAUUUCGAUCACCUUACUUUUUGGGUUGCCAAUGCUAAAACGGCUUCAAGUUAUUUUGUAAGUCGUUUCGGCUUUAAACCACUGGCUAGAAGAGAUGCGAAUGAGACAAACCCGGUUCAAGCCUAUGCUGUUAAACUAAACAAGAUAACCAUAAUAUUCGAGUCUCCAACCACUUCUGAAGGGGCGAUUUCUAAUGAUCUAAUAGCUCACGGGGACUUCGUCAAAGAUGUUGCGUUUGCUGUUAACGACCUUGAUGAAUUAGUUCGAAGAGCCACACUAGAGGGUGCUAAGAUCGUUAAGGGUAUUACAGAAGAGAACGACAAAGAUGGAACUCUUAGAUACGCGGUUCUUAAGACUUACGGCGAUAAUACUCACACACUGAUAGACCGGGCUAACUAUAGCGGUCUACUACUACCAGGAUAUGAGGCAACAGACAGUGACCCUCUCGACAUACUGCUUCCAGACACACAUCUAAAAUUCAUAGACCAUGUUGAAGGUAACCUGACUGAUGGUACCUUAGAAAGCACAGCAACAUGGUACGAAAAAAAUUUAAAUAUGCAAAAAUUUUGGUGCGUCGAUUAUAAACAUGAUUUAGUACCAUAUUCGUGCAUCAAUUCCUCGUCCGUUAUCAAUCAAGACGAAACAGUUUUAUUGUCAUUCAACGAAGCGGCUAAAGGACUAAAUCCAAGCAGUAAAGCUACAGAUUUCGUAAAAGCGUUGGGUACAUCUGGUGUUGAACAUAUUGCUCUGUACACAGAUGAUAUAAUUGCAUCCAUACGUAGCUUAAAGGCUCGCGGUGCUGAAAUACUAUCUUGGCCGCCAACAUACUACGAUUUAAUAAAAGAAAAACUUAAAGAUAGUACUGUAAACGUGUUAGAAAGUAUAGAAAUGCUUAAGGAGCAUAACAUACUUAUAGAUUUCGAUGAUCGUGGCUACAUGCUUCAAGCAUUCACCAAACAUGUCCAAGCUCGUCCUACGCUGUUUCUUGAAAUAAUACAGAGAAGGAACCACAGAGGUUUCGGUGCUAUGAACUACAAAUGGGUAUUUGAAGCGAUCGAACGUCUAACACCGGCCACAGAUAAAGAUAAUUGAUAUUAUGAUUAUAAUUUACUAAUAAAUUACUUAUAAAAUUAUUCAAUGAUAUAUGUUAUCUAUGUAAUCAUGCAUAAUCAUCAAUAAUGUAUCAAAU